AGCAACGAACAGCAGUGUCGCUCGUCCCUACGAGUCUUGUAAGCUGUGGUCUUAACUGGAGCUCAGCUACGAACUAAGAUAUAUCAAGUUAUAAGGGAGGAUUGACGACCAUGGCUUCAAACAAUAAUGAUUCGUCUGCCGCGCAGGCAGCAAACACCAACGAAGAUGCUCGCGCCGAGUUGACGGCCCAAGUUGAGGACCUUCUUCACACCUUGUCCAACAAGUUCGCCAGCGUGUCGAGCGAGAUCUUCGCUAAAAUGGAUGAAAUGUCCCGCCGUCUUGAUAACUUGGAAUCGCAGCUAUCGAACAAUAAGAACAAGAAUUCCGGAUCCAACUGAUGCCAGGGUGUAAAGAAAGUAAAGAAAGGAGGUCCGGAUUGAGCGAGCGUGCGUUUCAGGCGGGGACCGGAGUUGGUUCGGGUUUGGGGAGCAUGUCAGGAAGCAAGACCACUUUGACUAUGAACCUAAAAACUCGCGUAGACCAUGAUAAGAUGAGAC